UAAAGAUAGGAAAAAAAACUAAGACGGAAAACAGAACACCCAAACUUACCCAUUUUCCCACUAUUAUUCAUCACCGGCGAAAAUUCGACAGCCGAUCUAUCAAAUCGCCGGGAAAUGGAAGGAGUAGGAGCUCGUUUGGGCCGAUCUUCAAGCAGAUAUGGAGCCACAACAGUCUUUAACGGUCCAGUUAGAAAAUGGAAGAAAGAUUGGGUUCCAAUUCCCCCUUCAUCUUCAAACAAUUCAAAUCAUCAUCAUCAUCAUAACAAUAACAAUAAUCAUCAUCACUCUUCUUCUAAUGGGAACGUUAAUGGCAGUAAUGGUAACAGUGCUUCUCAUCUUCGUCUCUACAAGUGGACUCCGCUAAAUAAAGAAACUUCUUCUAAUGAUAAUAAUAGUAAUACUAGUAGUAGUAAUAAUAAUAAAGUUAGCAGCAGUAAUAUCGAUGAUAGUAAUGGAAAUAAGGAUUCUGGUAAAGACGAUGUCGUUUCUGAAGAGCCCAGGAAAAAGAAGUUCAAAUAUUUUCCGAUUGCAUUGUUAGAGGAACAGAAAAAAGAAACUGAAGAGAAUGGUGAUGAAGAUGAAGAUAAGCCUGUUGGUAGCAAUGAAAAUACCAGAGAGCAAGCUUCUAAGAGUGAUGGUAACGACGAAAAGCCAGACAUCAAUGACGUGCCCAUGGAAGAGAAUGAGGCUGAUGAAGAGAAUCAAGCUGCACCAGCACGGCAAGACUUGAAUGAAUUGGACUUGAGCUUAGGUUUGACGUCACACGAUGACGAGCAUGAUUCAGACUGACCUGAAAAACAAUGGUUAACUUAAAAGGAGCAAAUUAUGAGUCACGAGUGAUCUACAAGCCGAAUCAUAAGUAUGAAAUCGGUAUGGUCUGCCCAUUGCGGGGAAUACCAGUUAUUAUUUCUCUGCUCUACGUAAUGUUGUCGUGUUUAAUGGGUGAAGAAGUUGCCUGUUAAUGUACUACUAUUUUUUUAGCCUCUGUUGAUAGUUCAUUUAACUGAGCUUAUUGUAUUUGUAACGCUAAUUAUGUACUCAAAAGAUACAGCAUUCCCCAUUUUUUAACUAAUAAAUUUUCAUCUAA